ACUUCUCUGAUUUGACGUGAAUGGUUGGUGUUGGUGAAUGGAAAAUAUUUUUCAUGAGAUCGCCCUCAUUGAAUUAUUUUGUGAAUUUUGGUGAUUUAUUAUUAUAUAUUAAACAUAUUUCGUGAAAAUGUUGUGAUGAUGUGAUGUUUGGUAUAUGUUAAUCAAGAAUGGAGUCUACAACAAGCCAAAAGGUGACAUGUGUCGCAAACUACGCGUACGACGCGUCCGAGCCGGACGAGUUGAGUAUCCGGCCGGGAGAUGUGGUGCGCGAGGUGGAGCGGCUGCCGGGCGGCUGGUGGCGCGGCGAGCUGCGAGGCCGCCGCGGCAUGUUCCCAGACAACUUUGUUUCCGUCAAUAAUGAACAUACCACAAGCAGAUCGGUGAGUGCGCAAGGCCGAUGCCGCGCUGUCUUCAGCUACCAGCCCGCUAACCCUGACGAAUUACCACUCUGUGUUGGAGACGUGCUAGAGGUUCUUGGUGAGGUAGAGGAAGGUUGGUGGCAGGGGCGCCGUCAGGGCCGCGUGGGCGUGUUCCCUUCCAAUUUCGUGGUGAUGCUGGAGCCCGCGCAGGCCCAGCCCGCGCAUCCAUACGAGCCCGCACCAGCGCUGCCGCCAAAACCUGUGAAGGAGCAAUGCCGCGUGCUGUUUCCUUACACGGCGGUGAACGAGGACGAGCUGACGCUGGCGGAGGGCGAGGUGGUCACCAUCCUGUCCAAGGACGCGCCCGACCGCGGCUGGUGGCGCGGCGAGUUGCACGGCCGCGUCGGACUCUUCCCCGACAACUUCGUGCAGCUUCUGCCUCCUGUAACACAAGAAGUGGAUGAGAAGAAGCCGGACAGACCGCCAGCUAAGACAACUAACGCAAUAUAUCCAGUACUCAAUAAGUAUUCAGAGAAAACGGCGUCCGUGAAGGAGCUCAGUACCUCGAAAAUAAGCCUGCACAAAGAGAGCACGACUAGUAAAGAAAGCAGUACAAGCAGUACAAGUACUGUGACACACUCCAGCAAGCUGGAGUCGGAGAAGAUCGUACACAAUGACACCGUCAAUGACACACCGGAUGGACAAGUAAAGAAGCCACCUGUUCCGUUGAAAAAAAGUCCCACUCCCUCGUCUGGUGUCAGCGGACUGUUUAGUGGUCUUAAGAACAAAAUGUUAUCGUCCUCUGACAAAGAGAAAUCAUCAACUAUAUCGAGUGGUAGUAGCAGUAGUGGGGAGUGGGAUAAGAUCGACGGCGGUGUUCCAAGCAAGGCAACUAAUGCCACUGCCAAUGCCACACCCACUGUCAAUGCCACGCCCAAUGCCACUGUUGUAUCAAACAACAUCGUAACUACCAACAAUGUCAAUACAUUCGACCAUGUUGAAAGGAAUUCUAUAUUGAAUGACCCUCGAGCUGGAAGAGUGAAAGCUCCUAGACGUAGACCUCCCAGUCAGGCACUGCGAGAUGACACGCCGCAACAAAUCGGACUCAGUAACGGACAUGAAGUACCAACAGAAAAGUCAAGCGGUGAUAAAUUAGAAGAGAUAAGACCUCGGGCUCGCGAGUGGGAGAAGCACCGGGCGCCGUGGAUGGACGAGCUGAAGAUGAGUCAGGCUAAGAAGACCAGCUUCAGUGAUACCAAGUCUCGCUCCGUUUCCACCUCCUCCGAUACCGGCGUCGCCAGCAAGGCUGGUGGCGGCAGUACUGAUAGAAUACUAGAAUGUGGUCUAGAAGAAAGGAAAACAUCAACACAUUCGAUGGAAAUGUCGAAGAGUACGUCUUCUAUAAGCAAUAGAAUAUCAGUUUUAGAAAACUUUGAAGAGACGAAGACGCGACACUCGCUCGAAUCAAAGAAGGACGCGAAUAACUCGCGGGAUGAGACUAACCUGAACAAAACUGUUCCCCCUCUACCUUCACCCACUGCCGCUGGACGGACAUUAACAGCGAUGCUAGAAGAACUCAAGAAACCAUCAACACCUCCGAUGACGGCCGCUCGAAGUGAACCGGUCACAGAUAGAUCACCAAAAUACGACAAGAUUGUUACAAGCACGGAGAAAAUUAGCGAAAUCAAUUCAAUAACCAAGUCUUCAGCGAUCAUAGAGAAGACCAGCGUUAUAGAAAGACCAGAGAAGACCGAGGAGAAGACGGAAAGACCGACGGCAUUGUCUGUCGGCGCAAGCACAUUGGAGAGGCGAUCUAAUUCUAUGAAACCGGACUCUAAAAUAGAGGCUACUGAUGCAUUAAUCGCACAACUUAAUUGCAGGAUAACAAAUCUAGAGAAGCUACUGGAAGUACAGAAUGCAAAGUUCAAUGCGGCCAUUGAAGAACUGAAGUACAAACUUGCAGUGGAAAUGGAGAAGAGGCAGACAUUACAGUCAGAGUUGGAGAAAUUGGCGCAGUGCGUCACACAAGUCUAGCCUUUACAAAUGUACUCCGAUUUGGAUAAUUAUGUGAAAUUUUAUAGUGAAUUAGUGUAUGAAGACAGUGUUAUUGUGUAGAUUUUGUGGAAUGGUGUAAUGAAACAAAUUUUAGUGUCGGCAAGUUACUACGCGUGCACAAUAUGUGAGACCCGGAAAAUGACGUCAUAAUUAAACGUACGUAUGUCGUAAAGCUUACAUCUUGAAAUUAUCUCUAAUGAUAAUAGCAUUAGGUUUAUUUUACAUUUUAAUAUUUUCCGGUAAACUUUGACUUGUAGCAACUUAUUUUUUUAUAGUGAAUGGGUAGUAAUUUACCUUCAAUG